UCGAGGACGAGUGAACGGUUUUUCAAUUUCUCACACCAUAAUCCCUAAAUUCGCUCCAUUUGCUCCGUUAACAAGCACAACCAGGCGAUGCACUCCUCCAAGCCCCCUCGCCGGAAAGUCGCUCCGGCGAACGGCGACGACUCCGGUGACAAGCUCGACCAACUCCUACUUUCCUCUGCCAUCUGCAACAACGAGGACCUCGGCCCCUUUAUCCGCAAGGCCUUCGCCUCCGGUAAGCCGGAGACGCUCCUCCACCACCUCCGCCAGUUUGCGCGCUCCAAAGAGUCCGAGAUCGAGGAGGUCUGCAAGGCACACUACCAGGACUUCAUCCUCGCUGUCGAUGACCUCCGAUCUCUUCUCUCCGAUGUCGACGACCUUAAGUCCUCCCUCUCUGACUCCAACUCUAAGCUCCAGUCCGUCGCGCGUCCUCUACUCUCAUCGCUUGACGCCUUCGUCGAGACACGAAACGUCUCGCGGAACGUCAACCUCGCAAUUGAAUCGGUGCAUACAUGCGUGGAGCUGAUGGAGGUGUGCUCACGCGCCAACCGCCACCUCGCCGGCGACAACUUCUACAUGGCGCUAAAGUGUGUUGACACGCUCGAGAGGGAAUACUUGGAGAAGACGCCGUCAACGACGCUGAAGAGGAUGCUAGAGAGAAAGAUCCCGGAGAUCCGGUCGCACAUAGAGAGGAAGGUGAGUAAGGAGUUCGGCGACUGGCUGGUUGAGAUCCGAGUGGUGAGUCGCAACCUUGGACAGCUGGCGAUCGGCCAAGCUUCAGCAGCGAGGCAGAGAGAAGAAGAUCUCAGGAUCAAGCAGCGCCAGGCAGAGGAGCAGAGCAGGCUCAGCGUUAGGGACUGCAUUUACGCUUUGGAGGAGGAGGAAGAUGAUGAAAUUGCCGCUGGUAGCGGUAUCGGUGAGGAUGGAUACGGAAACGGAGGUGGAAUUGUUGGUUUUGAUUUGACUCCUUUGUACAGGGCUUACCAUAUUCACCAGACGUUAGGGUUGGAAGAGCGGUUCAAGCAGUAUUACUAUGAGAAUCGGAAGCUUCAGUUGACUUCGGACUUUCAGGUAUCUUCGAUGACACCUUUCCUUGAAUCGCAUCAGACAUUCUUUGCGCAGAUUGCGGGUUUCUUUGUGGUAGAGGAUAGGGUUUUGAGGACUGGCGGUGGUUUGAUAUUGAAGAUGGAGGUUGAGAAUUUGUGGGAUAUUGCUGUUAGCAAGAUGUGUUCUGUGUUGGAGGAUCAGUUCUCCCGAAUGCAGACUGCCAAUCAUCUCUUGCUCAUUAAGGACUAUGUGAGCCUUUUGGGAGUGACUCUGCGGAGGUAUGGGUACCCGAUUGAUGCAUUGCUAGAUGUUUUGAGCAAACACAGGGAUAAAUAUCACGAGCUUCUGUUGUCAGAUUGCCGGAAGCAGAUUGCUGAGGCACUUGCUGCUGAUAAGUUUGAGCAGAUGUUGAUGAAGAAAGAGUAUGAGUAUUCCAUGAAUGUGCUUUCUUUCCAAAUACAAACGUCGGAUAUUGUACCUGCUUUUCCUUAUGUUGCACCAUUUUCGACAACUGUGCCUGAUUGUUGCCGCAUUGUGCGGUCCUUCAUUGAGGAUUCUGUGAGUUUCAUGUCUUAUGGUGGGCAGCUUGAGUUCUAUGAAAUCGUUAAGAAAUAUUUAGACAGGCUUUUGACCGAGGUCUUAGAUGAAGCUUUGUUAAAGCUUAUUAAUACAUCAGUUAGUGGCGUGCCCCAGGCAAUGCAAAUGGCAGCAAAUAUGACUGUAUUCGAGCGUGCAUGUGAUUUCUUCUUUCGCCAUGCUGCACAGCUCUCAGGGAUUCCAUUGAGAAUGGUGGAGAGAAGCAGGAGGCAGUUCCCGCUUAGGAAAGCUCGAGAUGCUGCAGAAGAGACCCUUUCUGGGCUACUUAAAGCCAAGGUUGAUGGAUUUAUGUUGCUUAUUGAGAAUGUAAAUUGGAUGGCUGAUGAGCCGCCACAGAGUGGAAAUGAAUAUGUAAAUGAGGUCAUCAUUUAUUUGGAAAUUUUGGUUUCAACUGCUCAACAGAUACUGCCAACUCAAGUCCUCAAAAGAGUUCUACAGCAAGUUCUUUCUCACAUAUCAGAGAAGAUAGUUGGGGCUUUAGUUAGUGACUCUGUCAAGAGGUUUAAUGUGAAUGCUAUUAUUGGAUUUGAUGUGGACAUCCGGCUUUUAGAACAAUUUGCUGAUAAUCAGGCCUCCCUUUUUGCCGAUGGAGAUGCUGAUGAAUUGAAGAUGGCGCUUGCUGAGUCAAGGCAAUUGGUUAAUUUGCUAUUAAGCAAUCAUCCAGAGAACUUCUUGAAUGCAGUGAUUAGGGAGAGGAGUUACAAUACUUUGGACCAUAGGAAAGUAGUGAUUGUUUCAGAGAAGUUGAGGGAUCCUUCUGAUCGGCUCUUUGGAACCUUUGGUAGUCGUGGAGCCAGGCAGAAUCCAAAGAAGAAAUCUCUGGAUACAUUGAUAAAAAGGCUUAAGGAUGUUAGCUGAUUAAGCUCAAAGCUGUAUUUAUUAUAUCGAUCAGUGAGCUAAAUCAAAACAUUGAAGCUCCAGAGCUUUGGAAGGAAAUCAAUUCCUAGCAAAUUGGGACCCAAUAUACAACUGUGAGGUGUGAUGCAAAUCGAAUUUCUUACUUCAAAUUGAAACCAAACAAGAGGAUGGGUUAAAACUUGAAAGGUGCGUUGAGUUUCUAUAUAUGGAUUCCAAUUGUUAAUGAUCAAAGAAUUUAAGGGCUAAUUGGAGGUAUCAGGUAUGGGCUAGAACUUAGAUGUGAACAGAAGUCCAGGAUAAGUGGGCUAAUAUAGUAAUUUCACAUAUCAUUAUAUGCCUGCAUCUUUACUUGGUUACAUGCUUAUGUUUGUUAUUUGUAUCUAUUAUGUCAACUAAAUGGGAAUGGAUUAUCUAAUGUUUGGGCAGUCACAUGACCAAGUAAUGUGAAGAGAGAAAUAGAUUAUAGACGUAUAAACUAGGUAGAUGAAGGAUUAAUCUCAUUUCUGACUUAUCAAAUAACAACUACUGAAUAUUUGAUAAAUUCCUGCUGGAUUUUCUCAAAUUUUAAAACCGUGUAACCUAAUUUAUUAGGAAUAUUUGUCCAUUUCCUAUAUCAUGGAGAAUAUAAUAUAAUGAUCAGUUCCGUUCUCUUUUU